CGUGGUGCCUUAUCCAGAAAGUAAACAUUAAAAAGAACAAGAAGCUCUAGACACAUAUAGCUAUAGAGAUAUGACAAUGUAAUACAGUAGCUGUACAGCUGGUAGCCGAUGGCUUGCUCUAGUCGUAACCAGGGGGAGGAGAUGGUACUACGGGACACGGAGCAGGGCUCACUGUUUGAAGCGUGUAAGCAUGGCGACCUAGAGCUGAUCAAGAAGCUACUAACUCCUGACAAGGUCAACAUGAGAGAUGUGGUGGGGAGGAAGAGCACUCCACUGCACUUUGCUGCCGGUUUUGGCCGUAAGGACAUUGUGGACUAUCUGAUAGAGCAGAGGGCUAAAGUGGACACGCACGAUGAUGGUGGUCUCAUUCCACUGCACAAUGCCUGCUCUUUCGGCCACUCUGAGGUGGUGUCCACACUGCUGGCUCACGGGGCCAACCCUAAUGCAAGGGACAACUGGAACUUCACUCCUCUGCACGAGGCAGCCAUCAAGGGCAAGAUCGAUGUGUGCAUCAUCCUACUGCAGAAUGGGGCAGACCCUGCCAUUAGGAACAGCGAGGGAAAGUCCCCCCUGGACCUGGCCCAUCCAACAGCCAAGCAAGUAUUGCUAGGCAGCCAUAAGAAGGAGGAGCUCCUAGAGGCGGCUAGGACUGGCAAUGAAGAGACUCUCAUCUCUCUCAUCACACCCAUCAACGUCAAUGGCCACGCAGAGGACGGCCGGAAGUCCACACCCCUCCACCUGGCGGCUGGGUACAACCGUGUGAGGAUAGUGGAGCUGAUGGUGAAACAUGGCGGAGAUGUUCACGCUAAGGACAAGGGGGGACUAGUCCCACUGCACAAUGCUUGCUCUUAUGGACACUAUGAGGUGGCCAACCUUCUCAUCAAGAGUGGUGCCAAUGUGAAUGCCCUAGACCUCUGGCAGUUCACUCCCCUCCAUGAGGCAGCCUCCAAGUCAAGGAUGGAGGUGUGCUCACUAUUGCUGUGCCAUGGGGCUGACCCCACUGUCCCUAACUGUCAUUCCAAGACAGCCAUUGACCUCGCCUCAAGCUCAGAGCUCAAGCAGAGAAUUGAGUUUGAGUACAAAGGUCACCUUCUCCUGGAGGCAGCUGCCACUGGGGACACGUCCAGGAUGAGAAAACUGGUUUCCCCCAAACUAGUCUCCUUCCAGCACCCCCUCUCCCUGGACACACCCCUCCACCGUGCUGUAGUGGGUACCAGUCCCAAGAGGAAGUCAGCAGUAGAGCAGCUCAUCAGGAAGGGGGCACAAGUCAACCCUCUCAACAAGCAAGGCAGGACCCCCCUCCACCUGGCUACCAGAAUGGGACAUGAUGAUGUGGUGGAGGUCCUGGUCAAGCAUGGCGCUAAUGUGAACCUUAGCGAUGAGGGUGGCAACACUGCCCUACACGUAGCCUCUGAGCUUGGACUAUCUCAUCUGUGUCAGUUCCUCAUGGCCAACGGGGCAGACCCUGCAAUCAAGAACGAUGAGGGGGUUUCUCCUCUUGAACAAGCCCCACCCACUAUCUGCAAGGUGUUUCAAGAGGAGGUUAUAAAGGGCCUCUCUGACGUUGAAUCAGAACUACUGGAGGCAGCAAAGAACGGAGAGAUGGACCUCGUCAAGCGACUAUGCAAUCCUCACAAUGUGAACUGUCGUGACAUGCGUGGGCGGUACUCCACCCCCCUCCACUUUGCCGCUGGGUUUAACAGAGCGCCCACUGUUGAGUUCCUCAUACAACAAGGUGCUGACGUCCAUGCCCGGGACAAGGGAGGUCUUGUCCCACUGCACAAUGCCUGCUCCUAUGGUCACUAUGAGGUGGUGGAGGCACUGGUCAAUGCUAAUGCUAACGUGAAUGCAGUGGACCUCUGGAAGUUCACUCCCCUCCACGAGGCAGCUGCCAAGGGGAAGUAUGAGAUCUGCAAGCUCCUCAUCAAGCAUGGUGCGGACACAAACAGGCGUAACCGUGACAACAUGACACCACUGGACCUGGUGAAGGAGCAGGAAGGGGAUAUAGCAGACCUGCUCAGAGGGGACUCUGCGUUACUAGAUGCUUGCAAGAAGGGAGAUCUCGAUCGUGUUAAGAAACUUCUCACUCCAGAGAAUAUUAACUGCCGGGAUGAGCAGGGGAGAAACUCCGCCCCUUUACAUCUCGCUGCGGGCUACAACCACCUUGAUGUAGUGGAACACCUCCUGGAGCAUCAAGCUGAUGUCAAUGCCAAGGACAAGGGUGGUCUUAUUCCACUGCACAAUGCUGCCUCCUUUGGGCAUGUUGACGUGGCCUCCCUGCUGAUCAAGCAUGACAGCUCUGUCAAUGCUCUGGACCGUUGGCACUUCACCCCUCUCCACGAGGCAGCUCAGAAGGGACGCACACAACUCUGUGCUCUGCUCAUCCUUCAUGGUGCUGACGUCUCUCUACGCAACCAAGAGGGACAGAUAGCUCACGAUGUUGCCACGGGUGACGAUGUGAAGGCGCUCCUCCAAGACGCUGUGUGUCCUGACCCCACCUCCCUGUCCCUCAGUGGUGCAAGGGGAUCUACCAAGAUCACCGAGGCUUCUAAAGGAUUAACGGCCGCCGGAGCCUCCUUAUUGGCCAGUGACUAUGUGGACAGUGAGACGGGGGUGGGUAAUAGGCGGGGGGACGGCUCAGACCGACCAAUCAGGGAGCAGUCAGGACAAGCUACGUGGGAGGACAUGAGUGUCAAGGACUUUCUUGCCGGGCUCCAGUUGGAUGACCUGUACUUUGACCUCUUCCAACGAGAACACAUCACCAUGGACAUCCUAAUGGACAUGUCACAUGACGAUCUGGCUAGUGUCGGAAUGUCCGCAUUCGGUCAUCGGCACAAGAUCAUUCGUAAAGUGAAGGAGCUGGUUGACAAUGGAGGUGCUGAGUCAGCAGAACCAGUGGGUGUGGCCAAGGCUCAGCACACGGGCACUCAGCUCAUAGAGUUGUCCCUCACUGACAAAGACUUUGUUGCCGUCUCGGAGGAGCUUCAGAGCACUAUUUGUGAGCACAGAGAUGACGGGAGGUCGGGUGGAGUGUUCCGAUCCUACCAGGUCCUCAAGAUUGAGCGAGUGGUGAACCCUAAGAUCUGGGAGCGCUACGUGUAUCGUCGUCAGGAGAUUGCCGAGGCCAACAGUAAGCAUGCCAACGAGAGAAUGCUCUUCCAUGGCUCUCCAUUCAUCCAUUACAUUGUCAACAACGGCUUUGACGAGAGACACGCCUACAUUGGGGGAAUGUUCGGGGCAGGUAUCUACUUUGCUGAGCACUCGUCCAAGAGUAACCAGUACGUAUACGGGAUAGGAGGUGGAAGUGGGUGCCCAGAGCACAAGGACAGGUCCUGCUACACCUGCGAUAGACGCCUGCUCAUGUGCAGAGUGACUCUGGGCAAACCAAUGGAGCAACUGACAGCUGUUAAGAUAGCACACGCUCCCCCGGGCCACCACUCUGUGAUUGGUCGACCUAGUACUGGCGGCCUGAACUAUCCAGAGUAUGUCAUCUAUCGAGGAGAACAGGCGUAUCCAGAGUUCCUGAUCACUUACCGGAUAGAGAAACCAUCUGACACUAGAGCAACCACCUGACAAUAGAGUAACCUAGCUGACUCUGUGUACUUACUCACUCAUGCAUUCAUUUCUGUUCUCCUUUUGUUCUUUAUAGCCAUUAUUUUGUACAUUGUAGUAUAAUUAUAGUUGUGUUCUAAACUUAAAAACAGUUUAUCUGUAUAAAAAAUAAUUAUCAUUGUCAGU